AUGGAAAGAGCUAAUGACAGCACCUUCUCUGGAUUCAUUCUCCUGGGCUUCUCCAACAGACCUCAGCUAGAAACGGCUCUCUUUGUGGCCAUCCUGAUCAUCUACUUUUUGAGCUUUCUAGGUAAUGGCACAAUUAUCCUUUUGUCAGUUUUGGAUCCUCGCCUCCAUACCCCUAUGUAUUUCUUCCUCUCCAACCUCUCUUUCAUGGAUCUUUGUUUGACUACUAGCACUGUCCCUCAGACACUGGCCAACUUUAAGGGGAAGGACAAGACCAUCACUUAUGGUGGCUGUGUGACCCAGCUCUUCAUUGCCUUGGGACUCGGGGGAGUGGAGUGUGUCCUCCUCUCUGUCAUGGCCUAUGACCGCUAUGCGGCUGUGUGCCGCCCACUCCACUACAUGGUGAUCAUGCAUCCCCAGCUUUGCUUGCAGCUUGUUGUGACUGCUUGGCUAACAGGGUUUGGCAAUUCUGUAGUACAGACGGCAUUGACCAUGACUCUCCCCCUCUGUGGUAAAAACCGAGUAGACCACUUCUUCUGUGAAGUUCCAGUGAUGCUAAAACUGGCCUGCACCAACACCUCCAUCAAUGAGGCUGAACUCUUUGCUGUCAGUAUCUUCUUCUUGGUGGUGCCCCUGUCAUUAAUCUUAGUAUCCUAUGGUCACAUUACCCGUGCAGUCCUGAAGAUAAAAUCAGCCCAUGGAAGGUGGAAGGCUUUUGGAACCUGUGGCUCUCACCUAAUGGUAGUGAUCAUUUUCUUUGGCACACUCAUCUCCAUGUACCUCCAGCCUCCCUCCAGUUAUUCACAGGAUGUGAACAAAAGCAUUGCCCUCUUCUAUACUCUGGUGACUCCCCUGCUGAAUCCCCUGAUUUACACUUUGAGGAACAAGGACGUCAAAGGGGCGCUAAGGAGACUAGUGAGGAGAACCAGAGACUAG